UAGAGAUCUAAAAUAUAAGAAAAGGACUUUUAUUCAAGAUUUUUUCUUUUAAAAAGAUUCACAAAUAUCCCAUAUUUGCUGAAUCUGUGUUGCUUGUUUUCAAGCUUCAGCACAUCUUAGAUAACGGGUAAGCGCUGUAGAACUGACGGCAGGAAAUACAGAUCAACCUGCCUGAAGAAUGGUGGCAGUCUUGCUGCUGGGGCUCAGCUGCGUCUGUUCCCCAUUGGUAGCCCUGGUCCUAGACUACAACAGCAUCAAGAGUUCAGCUGAAGUGCAGGGCACCAGAAAGAGUUCACAGUGCAUAACAGACCAGGAUUGUAAUGCUAGCAAAUUCUGCCUCAAGCCUGAAGAUGAAGUGCCCUUCUGUGCUACCUGUCGUGGGUUACGAAGAAGAUGCAAGCGUAAUGCUAUGUGCUGCCCAGGGACUAUUUGUCUAAAUGAUGUUUGCAGCCAGACUGAAGAAGUUACCCCAACAGAAGGAAGAAGGACUGAUGAACAGGAUGGUUCUGAUUCAAAAGGGACAACUCAACACCAGAUCCAAGAAAACAACUCUAAAAAAGGACUUGUCAAAUCUCCAAGCAAUAAAGGUCAAGAGGGAGAAAGCUGCCUUCGCACAUCAGACUGUGCCUUUGGGCUUUGCUGCGCUCGCCAUUUCUGGACCAAAAUCUGUAAGCCAGUUCUCCGUGAAGGACUGGUCUGUUCCCGCCGUGGACACAAAGAUGUUGCUCAAGGUCCAGAAAUUUUCCAACGCUGUGAUUGUGGCCCUGGUUUGUCUUGCCGACCACCGCUCAUUGGGCUGCCACAACGAUCUCGCUUAAACAUCUGCCAAAGAAGCUAAAGAGC